AUGAGUGAUUUUAGUAUUGAUUAUAUAUUAAAUCGAGCCGGUGAAAAAUAUGAAGGAACAAAUCGUUCGCUCGGCAUCAUUAAACGUAAUAAUAAAAUUCCACAAUUUCAUCCAUUUAUGAUGGUUAUAAAUGAUCAUGAAAAAAAAUUGGAAUUUUUACAACAAUUGCAACAACAUCACAAGCAGCAUCAACAAGAGCAACAUCAACAAUGUUUGGAGGAAAUGCCUGUGUUAGAUUGGUUACAGUACUCCCGCUAUCAUCCACCAAAAUUGCCCAGAUCUCUACGUCAAGGUCCUGCUAAACGUACUCCAGGACGUUUGCCGCGCAUACCCUUCACACCUGCCCAGUUACAAACUUUGGAGAAUGCCUACAAAAAUUCAAACUAUCUUAGUGCCGAAGAUGCCAAUAAACUGGCCGAAUCCUUGGACCUGACAAAUACUCGUGUUAAAAUCUGGUUUCAAAAUCGUCGUGCCCGUGAACGACGUGAAAAGCGUGAAAAAGAAGAAAGUUACGAUUCCACGCUGUCUUCUAAUGCUUCAAGUCCCGAACCAGAGGAUGUAAUAGACAUUGAAUAG